AUGGAAGUCCCCCGCGGGAGUCGCAAGGGCGAGGCGCCCUGGGAGAAGAUGACUAAAGAGGAGCUGGAGAAGCAGUACAGCCCCAGCCGGUGGGCGGUCCGGAGAAGCGCGGAGGAGGCCCUGAGCACCUACUCACAGAGAGGAGUCCAGGCCACUGAGAGGGCCCGGGCCACCAGGAGGAGCCUUCUGAGUGUCCCCUACGGAGCCGGGGAAGGGGAGACGCUGGACAUCUACCUUCCUGAGGACGAGUCUGAGGCCUGGCCGGUCCUGCUGUUUUUUCACGGAGGAUACUGGCAGAGCGGCAGUAAAGACCAGUCUGCCUUCAUGGUCCUCCCGCUCACGGCUCGGGGCGCGGCCGUGGUGAUAGUGGGCUACGACGUGGCCCCCAAAGGCACCCUGGACCUGAUGGUGGACCAGGCGGCCCGGAGCAUCGUCUUCAUCCAGAAGCGGUUCCCGUCCAAUAGGGGUGUUUACCUGUGUGGACACUCGGCUGGGGCCCACCUGGUCUCCAUGACGCUCCUGGCUGACUGGACCAAGCAUGGGGUCACCCCCAACCUCAAAGGCCUGUUCCUGAUGAGCGGGGUCUAUGACCUGGAGCCCCUCCUGCACACCCCUGAGAACGAUGCUCUUGGAAUGACCCUGGAGGACGCUCAGAGGCACAGCCCACAGCGGCUUCUGGAGGAGUCCCCGCGGCAGGCCAGGGACCCAGCGCUCCGCAUACUGGUCACCGUGGGCCAGCACGACUCCCCCGAGUUCCGCCGGCAGUCCAGGGAGUUCUGUCAGGUGCUGCACCAGAAGGGCUGGAGCAACCUCUCGUUCGCGGAGAUCCAGGACGUGGAUCACUUUGAAACCAUUUGGAGCCUCACGCAGCAGGACCACGUGCUCACCCAGAUGAUUUUGGACACAAUCUUCCAGGGGUGUUGA